AUGCAGAACCAUCUCAAGGAGAAAAAGGAACUGCGGAGAGCAGCCCAGCCAGUGCCUUCUUUCCCUCCAGCGAGGCAGCCGUCUGGAUACAGCAGCGCCUCCUUCUAUGACUACACAAGUCUCUCACCCUCCAUGGAAUCGGCCAGUUCUCCUGGCUUUCAGUACAACAGUUCUUCAGAAUCAGAAUCCACCCCCGCCUCAGACAGCACCAGUCCAUCGCGCUCUGGACACAGGAGCGCCUCCUCAGCUUCUCUGGUGGCGAAAGGUUCCUUGGAGCACCCUGAGCCCUCAGCCUUUAGGCACAUCAGCUCCUUAAGCGAAUGCUCCUUAAGUUUUGAAAGUGGUCCCUCAAGAUUGGAGAGGGACGCCGCCAGUUCCCCUGACUACAGCUCAGCACUUGAAGGAUGGGUUGGUGGCUCUGGUUCUCCAAGUCUUGCUGGGAAUGGGGACUCUCCUGAGAUCAGGCCUUCUGGUCCUCCUGCAAGCCCAGAAGAGUGGUCCGGCCCCACAACAAGCUCUCCUGAAUGUGGGCCUUCAAAGCCUCCAACCAGAGAGGGCCACCAAGGGAAUACAAGCGGUCCAGCCUCGGAGAGUGAAAGUGACCCCGAAGGCCCCAUCAGGCUCGCAGCAUUUUCUCCUCAAAAAAUGCUCAAGCACCUGAGAGGGAAUUGCAGCUGCUGGCAAAAGAGACAAACCUCCAGUAAAGACUACUGA